AUGUAUUCUGUUAGUCCAACACAAACAGAAUUAUUUCAUUUACGAUUAUUAUUACUUACUGUAAAAGGAGCUACAAGUUUUAAUGAUUUAAGAACUGUAAAUGGAGAAGUAUAUCAAUCAUUUUCAGCAGCAUGUUUAGCUUUAGGUUUGAUUGAAAAUGAUGAUGAAUGGAGACGAGCAAUGAAUGAAGCUGCUGAAUGGAUGAUGCCUAGACAACUUCGUAGAUUAUUUGUACGUAUAUUAUUACAUUGUCAACCACUGCAUCCUGAAGAACUUUGGGAAAAUUUUAAAGUCGCAAUGUCAGAAGAUUAUUCACGACACUUUGGAAUAUUACAAGGCCAACAAAAAGCUUAUGCACAAAUUGGUACUAUGCUUAUUGCUGAAGGUAAAAGUUUCACUGAUUUUCCACAAAUGGAACAAUUGAUAGGAAAUUAUGAGGAGGAAAAUUAUAUAACGCUUGAAGAUGCUAUGGAAAUUGGUACGAAACAAUAUAAACAGUUAAAUAACAAACAGAAAGUAAUAGUAGAUCUUAUAUUAAAUAGAUUAGAUAAUAUUAAUCAUAACAGUAAUUGCUUUUAUAUUGAUGGUCCUGGUGGUUCUGGUACCGCAGCAACAUUAUUACCAGCAGGAAAAACGGUUCAUAAAACUUUUGGCUUACCAGUUUCAUUAUUUGCUGAUUCAUCAUCUAGCAUUAAAAUUCAAUCAAAAGAAGCUCAAUAUUUGAGAGAAACAGAUAUUUUUAUUUGGGAUGAAGCGCCAAUGGCACCACGAUAUGCUCUAGAAAUUAUAGGUCGAACGUUACGUGACAUUAUGAAUAAUAAUUUACCUUUUGGUGGAAAAAUUAUCAUAUUAGGUGGUGAUUUCAGACAACUUCUUCCUAUUAAAUUACAUGGUACUCGAAGUGAAAUCGUUAAUCUUUCCAUCAAGUUUAGUUAUGUUUGGAAAUACUUUACAAGUUUCUCUUUAUCAAAAAAUAUGAGAGUUCUUCCAGAAGAAAAUGAAUUUGCAAAGUUCCUAUUAAAUAUGGGAGACGGCGUAUUAAAUGAUUCUAACGAUAAUGUACAUCUUCCAGAUAAUUGUAUUGCAUCCAUAAAUGCUAAUAUUGCAGAAGAUAUAUAUGAUGAAUUAAUACGAAAUAAAGAAUUCAAUAAAAUGGCGAAGUGUGCAAUACUUUCUGCAAGAAAUAAAGAUGUAGAUGAAAUUAAUAUACAAGUUGUCGAAUUGCUAGAUACAUUAGAAGAACGAAUUUAUACAAGUAUAGAUAGUACUGAAAAUUGCAGUGAUAACGAUGAGAUUAAUGAAGUCAUACUACCAGAAUAUUUAAAUAGUUUAUCUCCAUCAUCUCUUCCUCCUUAUAAAUUACGUUUAAAACCAAAUUGUAUCGUUAUGUUGAUACGAAAUCUAAGUAUCAAUGAAGGUCUUUGCAAUGGCACCAGAUUAAUAAUUAUAGAGCUAGCUGAUCAUUUACUAAAAUGCAAAAUUUUAACUGGUGAUAAAGUAGGAGAUAUUGUAUUUUUAAACCGUAUAACAUUAUAUUGCGAAAAUGUAUACCCUUUCACUUUUAAAAGAAGACAAUUUCCAAUAAAAUUAGCUUUUGCUAUGACUAUUAAUAAAUCACAAGGUCAGACAUUUGACAAAAUAGGAAUAGAUCUUCGCAAAGAUGUUUUUAACCAUGGACAACUUUAUGUUGGUUUUUCACGA